UAUUGAGGCGCGGAGAGGGAGAGGAAGGAUCAACAACUUCAGAUGUGAGUGGGAAGUGCACUCCAAAAGAGGCGUUGUGAGGACACACAGGGGGGCUGCAUUCUUCACAAGCCUUACCAACAAAUAACUGCUUAUGAAAAUCAGUGAUCGUAACUUCACACACCUUCACUGGACUUUAAACUGCUUCACUCCAUCCUGCCUGUGUUCCAGACAUCAGUGGAAGUAAAAAAACCUUCUAUUUUCUUUUACAAGAACCUGCCUUUGGUCAUGCAGUGCUGAUUCCGUCUGAUUUGAUCUGAUCCCAGCUAAGCUGAGGUCCGGUGCCACGCUAAUGGAGCUCAAGGUGUGGGUGGACGGUGUGGUGCGGGUGGUCUGUGGCCUCUCGGAGGAGACGUCCUGUCAGGAUGUGGUCAUCGCUCUUGCUCAAGCCAUAGGCCAGACGGGUCGUUAUGUCCUCAUCCAGAGAUUGAGAGAUACUGAGCGGCAGCUUUUGGCUACUGAGCGUCCUCUGGAGUCGCUGGCUAAGCUUGGGCAGCACAGUAAUGAGGUGCAGUUCUACCUUCGCCGCACUGGCCCCAGCAGCAGCAGCAGCAGUAGUGGCAGUGAUAGCCAUGAGCGCACACUCUCUUUUCAGAAACCCUCUGAAAUAGAGCCUCCAAAACGCAACGCACCCAGAAAAUCCCUGACAUUUAGCCUGGGUCCUUCUUCUUCCCCACGCACCCGACCUAAACAGAACCGCAGGACUCCAAGUACCAAACUCCUGCCUGACUCCAGAGCAUCUCCACUGCCUCACACCACCCAUCUGCAAGAUCUUUCUAGAGAGGAAGUGUUUAAGCAAGUUCUCCAACAGCAGGAGCGACUACAGGCACUGGAAGCCCACCUGGAGCUCCUGGAGCAGGAAACACAGGCGUGGGAUCAGCAGGAAGAGUUGGCUGCCGCAGAGCUGACGCUGCUGGAAGAUGAGGAGCAGUGGGAAGAGGAGCUCAGGACUGAGAUGCAGCAUGAGCGUGUGAUGAGGAGGCAACUGGCCGAAUUACAUGCCAAGCUGGAGGAGUGCGGCACCAGCCUGCUCGAGCUCACCUCAAAAUCCACACAGCUAGAGCAGGACAUUCAAAGGGAAAGGUUAGAAGCUGAAGCCCCGCCCCCACACGCGCAGUCAGAUGACUCUGUUAGUGCGAUACAAGUGAAGCUCCAGAGUCAACAGAAACAGGGAGAGGAGCUGGAGUCGGAGCUGAUAGACACUGAGAAAGCUGUGGGAAAAGCAAAAAUGCUGCUGCAGGCUAAACAGGAACAGCUGGAUGAGCUGAAUAAGGAGCUGAGGCAGUGUAACCUGCAGCAGUUUAUUCAGCAGACUGGAGUUCUCCCUGCCCAGAACUCCUCACGUACAGACCUCCACCAGCAGCUGGACCAGCAGGAACUGGCUCAACUAUUGCAGGAAACGUCUAUAGAUAGUGAUUUUUUGCAGCGACCCACAGCUAAGCAGUUUCUGGGGCAUCCACGCAACCUGCAGCACCCCCUGGUGUCCAGCCUGAACCCUGAGGUCCUGACAUCCAAGGAGUCAUCUUGGAGGUAAAACCCAGAGGGCCAAGGAUCGCUCUCUUAUUACACCCAUGUACUUAACCAUCCACUGCUCUCAUGGUCCUACUCAUCUCAUCAAUGUAACAAUAUAUUAUAUAUCUGCUGUAUAUACAAAUAUAUGUUUACAUUUUGUUACAUUCCAAAACAUUUAUUUACUGUAAAAUAUCACCAGAAAAAGUCUAUCUAGAGAACUAUUACUUUUGUUCAUGUAUUUAAGUCUAAUAAAGACAGUGCUUUGUGUUUAUA